AUGUCUGCCACAAAACACCCGCCAACUCCCUGUCCUUUACUAUCACUUUCAAUACGACUACUACAGCAGGACUUCCUGAGCUCCCGGAUCGCGCUCUAUAAGGCGGCGCACGUCUACUUCACGGAGUCGUGUCCGGACGAGCUGUUCAACGAGCUGUGUAAGAGUCCGUGCGCUAAG